GGUUUUAGGAACAGAGUACAGCGGGGUGUGGUGAAGCAGUAGUAGUCGAUUCCUGUGCAACGAGGAAUAGUCAUACAUUUCAUUGCAGUUUCCACUGGGUUGUGUUUUAGAAUAGAAGUCAGAUACUUUUCAGAAAAUGUCUUUGGAAAUUUACUUGGAUCUGUUUUCGCAGCCAUGUCGCUCUGUUUACAUUUUUGCCAAGAAAAACAACAUCCAGUUCGACCACAAGAAGAUUUCGCUUUUUGAAGGUUAUCAGUAUAGUGAAGAAUAUGGAAAAAUCAACCAGCUAAGAAAAGCACCAGCACUCAAAGAUGGAGACUUUUGCUUGGCUGAAAGUGUUGCGAUCAUGCUGUACCUGGCUGAGAAGUUCCACACUCCAGACCACUGGUACCCAGCUGACUUGCAGAAGCGUGCUAGAGUAAACGAAUACCUAUCAUGGCAACAUUCUGCCAUUCGGAUGCAUGGAUCCAAGAUGUUCUGGUUCAAGCUUUUGAUUCCAAAAGCUUUAGGAGUUGAGAUCACUAAGGAAAAGAUGGACAAUGCAGUAGAUGAUCUCAAUGCAUCACUAAAGAUUUUUGAGGAGAAGUUUCUGCAAGACAGACCGUUCGUUGUCGGUGAUCAGAUCUCACUGGCUGAUUUGGUUGCUAUUGUGGAAAUCAUGCAGCCUGUAGGUGCUGGUAUGGAUGUGUUUGAGAACAGACCCAAACUCAAGGCAUGGAAAGACCGAGUCAGAGCAGAAAUUGGGGAUGAGCUGUUCGAUGAGGCCCACCAGGCAAUUCUUUAUGCCCAGGAGACUGUGAAAACCAUGGACCCCAAAAAGAUGGAGCACUUCAAACCUAAAAUUUUGAGAUAUUUCCUCUCAUAAACAAACUGGUAGACACUGUUGGUUAAAACAGUCAGUUAUUCAUGAAAAAGUACUUCAUAAUUUUCUAACUACGCUUUCCAUUUUGUUUAAUCACUAAGAAUGAAAUUAAUUAGCUUAAAUUGUAUAUAACAUAUAGCCUUUUUCAUUUUCAGUGAAUCCAAUGACCAUCAAUGUUUCUGUGUAACCUCAAAAAGAAGCAAACUGUGAAAUAGCAGAUUUCCAGCUGUGUUCGCUCUCAAAUUCUGAAUUGCUGCACUCACUGUGACCAUAUCAUUGAAAAAAUUAGGCAAUAACACAGCCACACAAUACAGCUUGUUUCAGAAAAUCACUUAACACCCCUGGGAAGGAGUUGGGAGGAAUGUUUCCUCCCUCUGUGUUCAUGGAAUGUAAUCAGAUAGUAUAUGGUUUCCUGUAAAAUAUACUCUGCUCGAUAAGCAAUAGCACAUUUAGUUAAUGUCAUGUACAGAAAAGGGGUACAUUCAGUCAGCAUUUCCAUUUCUCCAGUACUGUCAAUAAAUCUAUCUUUUGUGA